AUGAUCUCGACGUCCACCACGUCGAGCGACAUCAACACCAACUUCCUCUCUGCUGCGCCGGCCGCAGACAGCCCAUCGGCCAUGGCCACCACGUCGGCCAUAUUCCUCGCCCUGUUCUUCCUCGUCUUCACCUUCCGCUACCUCCGCACGGUCGUCUCCAUGUACUCCUGGAACACGUACAAGCCAAAGGCAAUCCUGAAGAACCCAACUUACACCUCCGGUGACGUCUCAGUCAUAAUCCCCACGACCUUCAAGCACCCGGAAGAAUUACUUGCAUGCAUCCGUGGAAUCCUGCGCUGCGAUCCGGCUAAGAUCUUCAUUGUCACGGCCGAUGCCAAUUGCGAUCGUGUGAAGGAGCUCCUUGGAUUGCACUCUGUCGGCCCCAAGGUUGAAGUUCUUGGUGUCGCUAAGCUCAACAAGCGCGACCAGAUCCUCCGUGCUCUGCCUCACAUCACGACGGACUUGAUCACCCUGGCCGAUGAUGAUGUCUUCUGGCCUGGCGCAGACUACCUCGACCAUGUGCUCGCCAUCUUCGAAGACAGCACUGUCGGCGCCGGCGGAACACGACAGCGUGUGAAGCGCGAAGAGAAUCCUGGCUUCUGGAACAUCCUCGGCAUUUCAUACCUCGAGCGUCGCGUAUGGAACAACUGCGCAACCAAUGCCAUGGAUGGCUCUCUGUCGACUCUCUCUGGCCGUACCGCCACUUAUCGCUCCGUGAUUCUGCAGGACCCUAGGUUCCAGCAUUACUUCAAGAACGACAUGUGGCGCGGCAAGCCCCUGAACUCCGAUGACGACAAGUGCCUCACACGCUACGUCUACUCGCACGGUUGGAAGAUUGUUCUCCAGUUCGCUCCAGAGGCCACGCUCGAGACCACUGUCGAGAACGACAAGGGAUAUCUCUCACAGUGCAUGCGCUGGGCUCGUGCUCACUGGCGUGGAAACUUCACCGUCAUGGAGAACGAAUCGUACUGGCUCCCAAGCGGUCACUGGUGGGGAUUCUACUACAUCUACCUCGGCCAGUUCCAGACGCCAGCACUCCUUUGGGAAGGUCUCCUCUUCGGUCUUCUUUCAAUGGCUCUGCGCAAUGCCUCGUCCACCGCCGCUAGCCACGCCUACGCUGCUCUUUGCGCAUGGAUCUUCUUCACCAAGAAUCUGAAGAUGAUUCCAUACUUCCUCCGACACCCGGCUGAUAUGAAGUGGAUCCCGGUCCUGGUCGCCUUCAGCUACUUCCACGGGCUGAUGAACGUCUACGCCGCCUUCUCCAUGCAACAGACGCAGUGGGGCGGCAAGGACUUGAAGACCCUCGAGAAGUCUCGUGCUGAGCCUGGUGGAGUCGUGCCUCUACUCCACGACACGAUGGAGAAGGCCGACGGAUACCAUGAGCCGACGCCUGGCAACCCGAUGGGCGGUGACGACUACUUUCGAUCCACGACAGCCGAUAAGAAGGACGACUAA